AUGGUAUGUGCUUUGUUUGAUUCUGGAGCGUCGAGGUCUUUUAUCUGUAAUAGAUGCGUACGACGAUGCGAGCUCAAGGCUGAGCCAAUGUCUCGGAAGGUUUUAGUAGCUAUUCCAGCCGGGAAGGCAUUAUGCCCAGAUAGAUUGUCGAAGGCAGGAGGUAUGUUUAACUUACUUGCAUGUGAAAGGAUUUGCUAUAUGGGUGAGUUUGUUCGGCUUGAUUUGUUUAUGGUAACGGUCGAACAAGUUAAGAAGAGUUUGGUGAACGGGGAUAAUGUCUAUCUAGUGAUGAUAAGGGACGUAAAGGAAGGACCUGAAGGAAUCCAAGGAAUCCCUGUGAUUGAGGAUUUUCCUCAGGUUUUCGUCGAUGAACUACUCAGAUUACCUCUAGACCGAGAGAUGAAAUUUGUAAUUGAGCUUGAACUGGCCAUAGUCCCUGUGCAUAACGCACCCUAUUGGAUGGCCCCAUCAGAAUUAAUAGAGCUUAAAGUGCAAAUAGAAGAGAUUUUAGCAAAGGAUUUUAUUCGACCUAGCACAUCGCCAUGGGGAGCACCAGUCUUGUUCGUUAAGAAGAAGGAUGAGACUCUUUAG